CCUGGGCGAUAAAUGUAUCUUUGGUAUUUUGUUUUCGGCGAUGACCAAUUUUAAAACUUUGUUGCUAAAAAUGUGAUAAUUGUUUCAUCUGUACAAAGAUGACUAGGAAGAUCACUUCACAGAGUAUUCUAUCGUUUUUUAGUUCACUGGAAUGGCAAGGAAAGACCGCGAGAACAUUCGCGUCAAGCUGUGGUCGCGACGGUAGCAAACGAACAGAGUUAUCAGCGCUUGCACAGAAAUGGUGCAAACAAAUGAAAGAGAGCGGAGUUGAUGACGCUGUUCUCUCGUUCAAUUAUAUCGCCCAGAAGGUCCUUGGGGACAGGUGUAAGCCUUGUCACUAUGGCAACAAAGAGAUGUCUGUGUCAGCUUCUCAAGUCCACCUUAUUGAGGAAAUGUGCCAGAGAAGAGCAAACAGAGAACCUAUUCAAUAUAUUGUUGGGGAUUGGGACUUCAGAUUUUUGACACUGCAGAUGCAAGCCCCCGUGCUAAUUCCACGCCCAGAAACUGAGCAGCUUGUUGAGCUAAUAAACAAUCAUCUAAAGUCUUCUACUUUUGCAUUUUUGGAUGUUGGUUCUGGAAGUGGAGCUAUUUGUCUUUCCCUUCUCUCUGAGAAUGAAAAGGCAUCAGGUGUGGCUAUUGAUGUGAGCCCUGUUGCUGUGAAGCUGACAAGACUGAAUGCUCACAGGUGUGGUAUGAAUUGCCGCCUGGAGUUGUAUCAUUGUCCAAUUGAGUAUUUCCAACAUCCUCAUGAGAAGAAAUUUGAUAUGAUUGUAAGCAAUCCUCCUUAUAUUCCUGAGCAUGAUAUGACGUUAUUACAACCUGAAGUAGCAAGUUAUGAGGACAGACAGGCAUUGUGUGGCGGGAAAGAUGGAAUGGAUGUUAUAAGGCAAAUCCUUGCUGCUGCACCACAACUUCUGAACAGGAAUGGUUCUAUAUGGCUAGAAACAGACCUCACCCACCCUCCCCUUGUGAGGGACUGGCUUGAAAGCAGGGGUCACCUGGGACUCACUCUGCACUCUGUUUACAAGGAUUUCACAAACAGGCCUCGGUUCUGUCAUAUUGUCUUUAAAUGAGAAGCGGAGAAGUCUUUCUUACCAGGCUUCUAGCGGUUCAGCCGACCUUCUCGAAUGCUUCAUUCAACUUGCCAUUUGGCGAAAGCUCUAAGGUGGGCGUGGGCAGUGACAAAUUCGUCAUUGAGCUGUAGCGUCUCGUGUCUAGCUCAGAGUUCGUACGGGAAUCGCGGCAUGGCAAACAUUAAAGGGUUCAAGCACGCGUUGAAGACCAAACACAUGGGUGGUAGCCAUUUCCGAAUGACUGAGUUUGUCACGAGGCUCACAGGGAAGUACACGUUGCCGACCGUGACGAUGAUGAUGGUCAGGUUCGGGACCACGAAGAAGAUAAAGCUGAGACGAUCACCAUGCAUCCAGAGCCAAGCCAGAGCCGUAAUAUUUCUGAUUACGCCACAUCGACCAGCAGAUAUUGGUUGAAUUUUCGGUUGAUAAAUGUUUGGGAUGCCUUACGCGCAAUUUGAUACCACAAGCUUACACAAAAGACUUGUUUACUUUACGGAAUCUGUAAGGCAAAUUGUACGAAUAUUUGAACUGCGUCUGUGGUCGAUUUGAACGCUAAAGAUUAAAAUAGCUCGAACAACUCAUCUAAAAAUGUAUGCAUUCCAUAAUGUAAACACUGUCAGAUUUUCCAUUGUAGAGCUGUCAUUUUGGCAGGCUGUUAAGGUAUAACUAGUUCCCUUUGCGUAGCUUGUAACUUUUUUGUAUUUAAACAACGUAAUAAUUGUACGACAAAGAUAAGUAUAUAAUUAAAUACAACCAGGAAUAUUGUUGUGCAAAAAA